UUUGUUGUAGCUGAUUUCCCGCCGACUGUUGGGUCUUGGACCGCAAUCAUGGUGGACCUGAUGGAGUUGCCGAAAUCGCGUAUCAACGCCAGCAUGCUAGCUCAGUUCAUCGAUCGGCCUGUCUGCUUCGUUGGGAAGCUAGAAAAGAUUCAUCCCACUGGAAAAAUGUUUAUUCUUUCAGAUGGAGAAGGAAAAACUGGAACCAUUGAGUUGAUGGAGCCCCUUGAUGAGGAAAUCUCUGGAAUUGUGGAAGUAGUUGGACGAGUAACAGCCAAGGCAACUGUCAUGUGUGCAUCUUACGUCCAGUUUAAAGAAGAUAGCCAUCCUUUUGAUCUUGGACUCUACAAUGAAGCUAUAAAAAUUACCCAGGAAUUUCCUCAGUUUUUUCCUAUGGGGAUUGUGAAGUAUGAUUGA